UAUCAUUCACCAAGAACAAAGAUUGGAGUAUAGCGGGUUAAGCCAUGUGCUUGUAGCGCAUCAUGUGGGUCGUCGACUCACCUUUUCUUUUGUUUUUCUCCUUUCCUCCGCAUGUCCACCUGGCUAGACGUGGCCGCUACACUGAGCUACCUUGAAGCCUUCGACCUUCACAAGUGUGGCAUAUUCAGACACCUACCUAAUGUCUGCCGACGAAUGGAUUUCCGCUAAAUGCCUGGCGAAAUAUACAUACCCACAAAUCGUUCGUAGAGAUGUCACUUGUGCCCUGAAAGCAUUUAAGGAAUUACGUCCCAAGUUCGAAGAUUUCAUCCAAAAUGAUGGAACUUCCCGGAGACUCGUGAGCUUAGACGGCACUAUUCCUGUCAGGUAUAUGGGUUCAACUUACAAUAUCCCGAUUGCAAUAUUUCUGUUCGAAGCUUAUCCACACAAGUCUCCUAUGGUUUAUGUGAGGCCCACAAAUACUAUGCAGAUAAAGCCGAGUGAUUUUGUUGACAGUGCUGGUCUUGUUCAACUGCCGUACAUGACAGACUGGAAACAUCCAGAUGCAGAUCUAGUUGAAUUAAUAUCAGUUUUACAGGCUGUGUUUGGUGAGACAUCUCCAGUGUUUUCUAAAUCUGCUCCCAUCACAAAACGGCAAAUUUUAAAUCCUCCGUCAAAUCCCCAAUGCAUUGGUUCAAUGCCUUAUCCAGGUUCCUUAUCACAACCUCCUAUUCCUGUCAUACCGAAUGAUCAAACUUCUAAUGUGUAUCUACCCCAGCUUGGUACCGGAUGGCAGAUACCCGGUUCUGUACCCGUACUUCCCAAUAUACCUAUGCCUCAGUUGCCCAAUUUUGCCAAUCCUUUUACUCAAGCGACAAAUUCAAAUAUAUACUCUAUGUCAAGUCAAAAUAUUCCAAUGCCAGUAUGCCCAGAUGCAUCUGCUACAUCCAACAUACCAUAUAGUAUCAAUUUAUGUUUGUAA